CUUCCCCACAGCCUCGCCCCCAUGUUCUCUACCAGUCCUAAGCGAUGGAUCCUUUGAAUCGACUGAAGCGGCGUCUGUCUAAGCGUUCAUUCCCACGCGCCUAUGAGGAUCCUACCCACCCUUAUGAAGACGAUGAAUCCGACACCGCCACUAUGGUCGAAAUCGAGCAAGACUCAAGUUUCCUCCGUCUUCCCGCCAACGUGCGGGAACUAAUUUACGGCCAUGUACUCGGCGGCACACAGAUCCGCGUAUGCGACACAAGGAAUUGCACCCGCCGUCACAAAUGUCGCUCUCGCGGACGAAAAUUCCACUUCGCUACUUACUUCCACCUCCGGAGACGGCAUUUAGCCCUACUAACCACCUGCCGCCAAAUACAUGCCGAGACUAGGCUCCUGCCGUUUGCACUAAAUGAGUUUCAUGGAUAUCACUGGGAUAUGCAACUUGCUGUCUACUACCGCCUGACGGAUGCGCAGGUCGGUGCGAUGACGAAUCUUCGCGUGUAUUUUGAAUGCAACGAUGUGAUCUAUUAUCCGGCUCUUGGUCGGCGAAGCCCGAGUGUCAACCUUGGUAAAGACGCUCUUGCCACGCUGCGUGUUCUCGGUCAUCUUCGCGGGCUGCGUAAGCUCACUGUCGAGUGGGUUGGUCCGCACGAUUGGGAGCAUGACUGGGAUAUGGUGGAGGGCAGGAUGGCUUAUCUGAUUGAGGAAGAGCUUGAGCAGAUCAGGGGCUCAUGUGAUAUUAAGGUUGUGGUAGUGGGCUGUGAUUAUGUAGAAGACCUCGAUACGGGGCCUGUGCCUGUGGUGGGUGAUAUGCAGAAGCUUGUGUCUUUUUCGGUGUAGUUGUUGCAACCAUUUGUCACUUGACCUGAGCUAUGCACACAGGCCUAAGGCAACCAAGGACACAUUUACUGCAAAAGGCAGUGUAUCGCGGUUAACUUUUAUUGUUCGAAAUCUGAAAUAAGACUUGGGGGAUUCUGCCCAGAUCUUAUGGGUAUCAGAAGCCCAUUGGACUUAGCUGUUGUUAAUACAAUCGAUCUCGGUGGC